CGCGAAUUUGUUAAUCAAUCUUGAACUGAUUAUUUAAUUAGGGUAAAGUUGGGCAUGUAAUAGCAAUACAGGGAUAUUUUAAUGUGGUUGGCUAUGCUGAAAGUGUUAUGUGAAAUUGUGAAAUUUGGCAGAUGACAUAUGUCUUCAAAUAUUUUCGACCAAAAUUAGAUGUACAUUCAGUCAGGAUGGUUGACAACUUGAGUUAAAAGUAAAAAUGUAUUCUUCUCCCACGUCCUGCUGUAAUUUAUAAUUUUAUUAGAAAUGGAAUCUGAUCGAAUUCUAGUAGCAGCAGGACUAACGGCAGCAGCAGUUGUUGGGGCCUUUGUAUUUUGGGGCCCUGCAACAGCUUCUGGUAGUGGCCGUGGACGUUUAGCAGGACUAGUGAACUUAGGAAAAACUUGCUUCCUUAAUGCUGUAUUACAUGCUUUAGCUGCUUGUCCUCAGUUUAUAGCAUGGUUAGAAAAAGACAGAUUUGUUAAAGAAACUAGUCUGCGUGGAACUCUAGCAACUGUUCUUUCAGUUGUUAAUGGCACUAACAAAUCUGUCAAAGAAACAUAUGCUCCAGCAGCUGUUAUUAAUGCUUUAAAAAGACUGGGUUGGGUAAUUCCAGCAGGUGAACAGGACGCUCAUGAAUUACUAAAUGUGCUUUUAACAACACUAGAUGAAGAAACUCAUAAAAUCACAAGAAAAGCGGGUUGUUUGUCUGACGCUUUGGGAAUGAAUGAAUUAGAUACUCCAGAACCUGAAGAUGAUAUAUCCGAAUUUAAUACUCUUGGAAGUGUCAUGUCUUUAAAUGAACUGUGCAGACCAAGUAGUUUAAACUGGAGGAGUACAGCAAUUAGGCGUAAUAGAUGGAUUUCCAGAUCUUGUCGAGCUUUACAAAUGACUGGACCUCCUCAGCAACCUGUUUCCCAUCCAUUUACCGGAACUUUAACCAGCCAGCUGAGAUGCACUGAAUGUGGUCAUAAAUCAACAGUUCGUUAUGAUAAGUUUGAAAGUCUGUCUCUGGCACUUCCAAGUGGUGCUGGAGAUCUAGGGUGGGGACGGCAUAAGUUGCAUCAGCUUCUAACCAAUUUUGUUACUCCUGAAGUUGUACCUGAUGUCCAAUGUGAAGGUUGUAAUAGUGGAAGAGAUCCGGCCAUGCCAUCAAUUUUGUCCAAGCAAAUUAAAAUACUUAACUUUGGGAAGCUCCCAGUAUGCCUUUGCAUACACAUAUCUCGCAAUACGUGGCAACCUGGUGGAAUCUCGAAGCGCCAAGAUUACGUCCAAUUUCCAAUGAGGUUGUCUUUAGCAGCUUAUACUUUUAUUCACGCUCACUAUCAGCGAAAAUUAACCAACUCUGUGUACACAAGUACCAGCGAAGGUGGCAGUCCAUUAUCGAGUAGCAUGCCCAUGUCCUGGGGAAUGGGGUCUUUGUCAGAGAUGGCGAAUGAAUUCCGGAAUGUCUAUCAAUUGGCAGCAGUGGUUGUUCAUACCGGAGAUGCACAUUCUGGACAUUUCAUUACAUACAGGAGAGGACACCACAACACAAAGUGGUACUAUACAUCUGAUGUUGAAAUACGAGAAGUAAUGGUUGAUGAAGUGUUACAAAGUACCGCUUACAUGCUUUUCUAUGAAAAAACUUCCAAUAUGAGUGCAUUUUAAUCUCCUCAUUGUGAUUUUACGCAUUUAAUAAGCUUAACUUUAAGUUAAUUAUGUUCCUAUCUUAUGACAAAGUUAAAAUAUUGUGCCAUAUAUUUCAAUUUAAUUUGUUAAUAAAUUGCACCAAAAAUUCAUGUCCCUUUUUUAAAUAGAAAUCAAAUUAUAUGGCAAUGCGGGUGCUAAUCACGAAUACAACUUUAAAUAUUAAUGAUAAUCCUCUUAAUUACAAUCACUGAAAAUUUUCAUGGUGAAGUCGUGUAUCAAAAACUAAUUUUAACGUUGUUAUUUGUAAAAUGUAUAUAUUUUAAGUUGUAAAUGAUGUAUAGUUUAUUAAGAAUAUAGUGAA